AUGAGUGCCCCGUUGGUCACCGCCGCCCCAAUGACUUCGUGUGCGGCCGCUGCAUCGCCCGUGCUGGCGAAGCCUGAGGAGCUUCUGAAAGGGGUGCUUUCCCGGCCGAAGGAGCACCAGUCCUUUCGUCUGCGGUGUCUGCUCAUGAAGGGGGACUUCGCUGCCCUCUCCGCCGCCUUCUACGGGCAGCGCAAGAUGAAGCGGGCCGACAUCCUUCGAAAGCGACAGGGUAUGACGUUUGGAAACCUUGCCGACGUGGAGCAGCGGCGGGUCACCCAAUCCCCCUCCUUGUGGCUGGGCACACUUCACUUCUCCAACUCCCUCACCUCCGCGGAUGAGGAGGUGCAGGUGUUCAGCACGCUACGCGCGUUUCAGACGUUUGCAGUUCCGCCGCGCAUCACACUCACCCCACACCCCACAGCGACGGCCUCUGAGGCGGUAUCAGGGGCAGCAGCCAGUACAGGAAGAGAGGGAGGGAUUGAAACGGGCGGGGUGCAUUACGCGGCAGAGACGGUGUACACCGGCGAGUUGGUUGUCUCCAACCCAUGUGCGCAGCACACGGUGGCGCUCUCCAUCACCCCCCUGCUUGACAGCGCGUACAAGGGCGGUGUGGCGGUGUUCUGUAUUCAACUCAACGAGCUGCCGCCGCCGCCGCCGUCCCUGCUUCUGUGGGGCGAAGGAUCGAAAGUGCCGAGUGCGUUGCGCGGUGACCUGGUCACGUUUGGGGAGAGGCAGCUCUCGGCCAGAAAUGCGGCCGAUCCUACGGGUGUUUUUCCACCAUCGCCGUCGCAUUCUCUUACGAGCAUUGCGGCAGAGGUGUCGAGUGCGGACGAGACGACAACCACGCUUCUGGCGAUCCCGCCGCAGUGCGCGCAGCGGGUACGAGUCAUGCUGCGAGUGGACACAAGCCGACAUCGACCAAACGUGGAACAGGGCGUGGCGCUGGCUCUCUUUGAUGAGAGCGUCACAUGUAGUGCGGCGGCGGUGCGUAUUGCUCUCGUCCCUCUGGAUGAGAGGGCACAACAGCUACAAAAGCAGGAGCAACUCUUCUUGCAAACUGCAGGAUCGCGGGUAGAGCCCAGAGCGGUGGCAGCGGCAGCAGCAGUUUGUAGUGGUGCUGGUCGCGACGGGCUGCUGGAGGAGGUUUCAGACACGGAUAGGCCUGCAGCGGCCAUUGUGGGCAUGCGAAAUGCGUCACCAAAUGCAGCGGCCACCAAGCUUGGGGCAGGCAGCAUGCAUAUAACUGGCGGUAUGGCAGCGUCGGGGGACGUCCAUGGGAUGCCCGCAUCCUCGGCAGCAUCACCGCGGGUGCUGAGUCUCCAUGGCGAUUGCCAGGUCGUGGCGGGGUGCCAGGGAACGUACAGCUGCCACUUCACCUACGCCAAGGAUUCGCCCCCGACGACGGGCAUUACGAUCCGCAAUAACCUUGCGGAUACGGUGGUGGAUUACAGUGUGGCUAUUUGGUCGCAGGGGCCGCAGCUGUGGCUGCUGCUGCCCAGUGCCGCAGCUGUUCUGGAACCUGGGGAGACGCAGCCGCUGCGUUUGAACAUUCUCUCCACCGAGGCUGGGCUCGUUUGGGGGAUACGUAAGCAUCACCACCAGCGCCGCCCCGGGGGAGUUGCUGCUGCUGCAGCUCACAGCCGAGGUGUUUCUGCCCACGGCGGGGGAGGGGCUGUUUGA